AUGGAGAUUCCUCACAUAAACCUGACGCUAAGAAUAAAUACUAUCAAUACUAGGAUAAAAGGUCAAUAUGAAGGGGGGCUUCCUCUGAGACAUUGGACAGUUUCAUUGACAGUGCUGGAUGAUAAAAGAAAUACAAUAUAUCCAAAAAUAUUUGAUGCAAUAACUUUUUAUUUACAUCCCAGCUUUUCAAACCAUACAAGAAUUAUAAAGAACUAUCCUUAUACACUCAGUGAAGUAGGCUGGGGUGAAUUUGAUAUAAGAAUGAAGGGAACAUUUCUUGAUGAUAUCGGAACAUUUAUUUUAGAUCAUCCAUUACUAUUUGACAAUACAGAGUAUUAUAUUGAUUAUGAAAUACAAGUUCCAUAUCAUACAAAAAAACUACGCAAUGAGUUGAUUGGGUUUUUUGCCAUUGAAUAUAAUAAUACCACCAGGGAGAAGUUAGAUGACAAAAAGUUGGUUAAUUUGAAGAGAGGUUUGAACAAUUUAAAAUUAUGCACAGAGGAUACACUGACAGAAGUAAUGGAUUUAAUUCUAAGCCAUCCGGCUGUGCAGAAUAGGGUAGAACAGUAUCCCAGGACUGAAGAUUUUUAUAUGGAUGUGGCUCAGUUUUCAGAUGACUUAUUGAUCCAAUUAUAUGCGUACCUUGAAGAACAUGAUAUUAUCAAAUUGGAUGCAAGAGUAUUUAAAGGUACCAAUAAAUUCAAUUAUUUAUAG